GGCCCCGCGCUCCGCCCCGGCCGUGCGGGCGGAGGUGCCGGAUGGCGCCGGCCGGGCCCGGGCCGGUGUCACAGCGCGGGGCCCAUCGGGGGCUAUCGAGGCCCGGGCCGGUGUCACAGCGCGGGGCCCAUCGGGGGCUAUCGAGGCCCGGGCCGGUGUCACAGCGCGGGGCCCAUCGGGGCCGGCCCGGCGUGCCGGUUACAGUGGUUUCCAUUCACCCCUCGGUGUUUACCGCACGAUCGGCAUCUUCCUUAGGCAAACAAGGCUUUAGGCCCGAAGGUGAAACAGCCUCAACCCGGCUUCGUGUCUACGGUUGAAAAGAUGGGGAAUGCUGAAAGCAAUGCCUAUCAGAAUCACCUUUCCAGAUUUCUUCCUGAGGAGCAGUCUGACAUUGAUGGACUGUUUGACACCUUAUCAGGAUCCAGUGGCUCAUCUGGAGCAAAAAAUGCCAAAGCUGCAAAGAAAACUGUGACUCUGGCAGCACUACAGGCACACACCCGGGAGCCCCUGCCAGAGCCAAUGACUGCUCGGUUGUACAAUGGAAUGAAAAGCAUUGACCUGCCUGGCAAAUCAGCCGGGCUCAGUGAACAGAUUGCCAAGGAGCAGUUUGUAAUUUUUAUGUCAAACCUCUUAAAAGGGAAUGCAGAUGAGAAGAUUAGCAUAAUAAUGAGAAUGAUCGCCAAGACGGGAGGGCCUCUGAAGGGCAAACAAAUCCAAGAGUUCACAGAGGAUCUGAUCACAUCUGUAGUCCAUGUACUGAGCUACAGGAAGGAGCUGAAAGGUUGGAGUUUGGAGAAUACGAGGGAUUCUUCAAGUGGAGUCAAAGCUCUGGCUUCUGAGCUGCUCUCAGAAUUGAAGCUUCCAGAUGGGACAAAACCCGUGGGUUCUCAGCUGCUGGAGACAAGUUUUGACCAAAGUGUCAUUGAGGACUGGGUGUACCGAGUUCCCCAGAUCUCAGUUUUCCUCAGUGUUGUCAUCAGGCAGGGCCUCCACGUCCUGCAUUCCCUCCCAGACCAAACCAACGACAUCCUCAACCUGGUUCCUCACUGCAAAGGCAUCAAGGGAAGAGGAGUUGUCAGUCUCUUUGACAUCCCAGCCAUCAUCUACAUCAACUCCCACCUGCCUGCUGAGAUGCAGCACAAGUGGCAGCUCUUAUUUUCCUCUAGGCUCCACGGGGAAAGCUUCUCACAGCUGUGUGCACAUAUAGUGAACAAAGGUCCUUGCAUAGUGAUCAUAAGGGACUUGGAUGGUUUCCUCUUUGGUGGGUUUGCAUCUCACUCCUGGGAGGUGAAGCCACAGUUUCAAGGUGACAACAGAUGCUUUCUGUUUUCUGUUUUCCCCACUCUGGCUGUGUACACAUACACAGGGUACAAUGACCACUACAUGUAUUUAAACCAUGGCCAACAGACUAUGCCAAAUGGACUUGGUAUGGGUGGACAGCAUGGCUACUUUGGGCUCUGGAUAGACAGUGACUACGGGAAGGGCCACAGCAAAGCCAAACCUCGCUGCACCACCUACAACAGCCCCCAGCUGUCAGCCAAAGAGGAUUUUACACUGGAUGCCAUGGAAGUCUGGGCAGUGGGAGAUGCCCCUGAGAGUGCAGGGAGAAAAGGUAAGAAGAGUAUCCUGGAUGUGGAUCCUCAGGCUCAGGCCUUGCUGGAAAUGGCUGGGAAAAGCCGUCAGAGCGAAGGUCUGCGGGAGCCCGUGGAAGAGGAUGAAGGUGAUGAUGAUGAGAACUAAGGGAGCCACAGUAACAUGAAAAACCUUUACUUUUAUUUGCUUCAAGUGCUGGUGAUGUCCCUUGGACAAGAUAUUUUUUCCUUUUUUUCCCCCCAUGAAUGUACCUUAAUUGUCUGGGACAAAGCUUAAGCCUUGUACUUGUGUAAUAUUUAGGUGUAAAGCACUAAUCUGCCUGAAGGGUUUUGUUUGGGGAGGACAGAGAAAUUAACUGGGGACAUAAUCAUUAGGCAUGGCUGAGCUCCAGCUGAAUAUGAAUCUGCUUUCAUUCCCCAUAGAUUAUGUCUGCACACUGAAUUAAAAGCAGCAGAAGUUAUUGACA